GCUGAUCAAUCGCUCGAUCGACAAAUUCAGAUACCGCUUUACGCUUUACUUGCAGUUCUAGUAGCACACGCAUUAAGCGGAACAUCAUCAUUCUCUUUACCUCAUCUAUCAACGCAUCUACCACAUAGCAUUCAAACAUUGCUUCCGACCUGGGCACGCCAUUUGCCAAUCUUGGCACCUUUUGCAACAGAAUUACCAAAUGCUUCGAGAAAUUCCAAAUUCAGUGCUUCUCCCCAUGAUUCUUACUGGACAACCACAGGAUAUGCUGGUCCAUUCCGAAGCGAUGCUGUCGGCUUCGGACAUCCUCUCACAGCUUUACACAAUCUCACCAGGGCCUGCUUAGGGCUUUCAUACGAAGUACGGGAAGAAAAGACUUACAACAAUUUCGGAUCUUCUUUCUUGCCAGAUGAUCUUCAUUAUCGUCAAACAUACUUCGAUCGUUAUCCAUGGAACAGCUGGCUGUCGCAAGCAGAUCAAGAACCAAGUUUUUGGAACAGGAAGUACGAAAAGGGAUUCAAGGACGUAUUCUUUGUAUUGACUGGGAUCUUUGUCUUUACCGUUUUGCGUGCAUUGGUGGUUCGUUACGUUUUGAUGCCAAUUGCAUUUUAUUGCGUACCAGAAGCGAAAGAGCAGAGAUCCAGAGCGGCACAACUGGCCGGCGAAAGACAGAAGAGAAGGACAUGCACAAGAUUUGCUGAGCAAGCCUGGGUUUCUCUUUGGGGUAUCUUUAGCUUGACAUUGAGUCUGUAUGUGGCAUCUCAAGAACCAUAUUGGACCAGCGAGCUUGCUCUAUGGACUGAAUGGCCUUUCAAACAGAUGAGCGGAUUGAGUAAAUUCUACUAUCUAUUGCAGACAUCGUUCUGGGUUCAGCAAGUGAUUGUUAUCAAUGUGGAAGAUCGAAGGAACGAUCAUUGGCAAAUGCUUAGCCAUCAUAUAGUAACAAUUCUGCUUUUAUUGGGCUCAUACGUCUCGCAUUUCACACCAAUGGGAAAUGUGAUUUUGAUUUUGAUGGACCCUUGCGAUAUCCUUUUAUCCACAGCAAAAUGCCUUCGUUAUGCAGGACAGCAGACGUUAUGUGACGUCUUUUUUGGAUUGUUCAUGCUUGGCUGGAUUUUCACACGACAUGUGCUUUACAAUCGAGCAUUGUAUUCUUGCAUCGCCACCGCACGAGCAAAGUUACCCGAAAUUCCAGGUGCUACGAUGAAAGAUUAUUGGGGCUUUAGAACAUAUAACGCUCUAAGUCUUGUCAUUCUGCUUUGCAUAUUACAAGUUAUAUUAUGCAUAUGGCUUGUGAUGAUCAUUCGUGUGGCAUAUAGGGUGGUGACUGGACAAGGUGCUGCUGAUACCCGAAGUGACGAAGAAAGUGAUGAAGAGAUCGAUGUACAGGAA